AUGGACGUCAUUUGGCUGGACAUUGAAUACAGUCUCGACCACAUGUACGGCGUGUGGGACAAGAAGGCGUUCAUCGAUCCGGCUGGCAUGAUGCGUGCGCUUGAUGCGCGUGGCCGCAAACUGGUGAUCAUCAUCGAUCCCCACCUGAAAAAGACCGAUCAGUACUACCUGUACAAGGAGGCCAAGAGCCAGGACCUGCUCGUCAAGACGGCCGAUGGCCGCACCAAUUACGAGGGCGAGUGCUGGAGCGGACAGGCAAGCUGGAUCGAUUUCUUCCAGCCGCGCACAUGGCAGUGGUGGAUCGACCAGUUCCGCCUGACGAAGCAGCGCCUCGAAGGCAACGCACGCAACCUAUUUGUGUGGAACGAUAUGAGCGAGCCGGCGAUCUUCUCGGGCCCUGAGGUGUCGUCGCCCAAGGACGUGCGCCACUUCCCCGGCUGGGAAAAUCGCGAUAUCCACAACAUCAACGGGGUCAUCUUGCAUAACCUCACGGCGACGGGCCUCACGCGCCGCGAGCUCGGCACGCGCGACGCAGCCGGCCAAGCAGGCGUGAGCGCCGUCCGUUCGUGCUGA